UCGCUCUGAAGAGCCGCACCUCAGAAACGCCAUCGCCGUCGGAAGGGCGAUAUCUGCCCGCCCUUGCCCUCCAUCACCACCGCCUCCCACGGUCUCCGCAUUCUAGGUACGAAUCCCCUCUCCCCUCUCUUCCUUCCUCCAUCGCUUUCCAUAUCUGUCGCUCCCUCCUCUUUUCCCUCCCUCCCACGCCCGUUUGAUUUCUAGGGCUUGACGCUGUUUCUGCACAUUCCUCCGCCUCCGGGACUGAAUCUUGCACCACUGCUCGCAUCAAGAUUUCGUCUUUCGUUUUCUUACGCCUGGAAAGAUUCACCGUCACUCUUCUUACGAUUAAACGUUGUCUGUUGGAGACGUUUUCCGAUUGAUUGCCGCGAGAUCUUAUGUUUGUGAUUCUUUUGAAGUCAUACUUGUUUAGGUUCAAGAACUUGUUGAUGCUCUUUCCUUUAUCCACUAAUUUUGGCGCACCUUUUGCUUUUCUUUCUGGUGUUAUUUGAUUCACAUGACCGCAAUUUUUUUUUGCGUUCACAAAUAUCACCAGUCCUUGCUCUGGGUUGGGUGUAUUUUUUUGUUUCUUUUCUUCUUUAUUGGGAAAGUUUGAACUGACAAUCGAGUUGUAACCAUUAAUGUGGUUUUUGAGCAUUUCUUAAUUCUUCUUCUGCUUGAAGCAAUCUAUGUAGUGUAUUGUUAUCUGAAUUGUUGAUUGUCAUGUUACCGAACCUUUAUGAGUUUUAUGGAAUCACGAAAUGUUUCCUUGUAGCAGGAUUUAGAAUAUUGAUAUUCCAUGUUGACUUUGUGUUACCUCUGCCAAGAUAUCUAUCGACCACCUGGUUGACCAACGGACUUAUGGUCUCGAUUUUGUCUUAGAUUACAGAAAGAAACUGUAUUGUUUAUGCUUGUGACAGUCAUGAUUCUAUAUGACCAAGUUGGCAAGGCUUGUAAGUUCAAGACAUUUCCAUUUUUAUUUUAUGACUUGUUUUAAUAAGUUCAACAAGGAUUUUGAAAUCUUACUUUGUGCUCAAAUAGAUAAUUCUCUCAUUAUAUAUAUAACAUGUUGACUUAUUAUUAUUUUUCUCUCAUUUUAUCCUCUAUUGGGACGAUUCGUAAUUGUCUGCAAAUGAAAACACAAUUUAUUCUAUCUUUUCUGGAAACUCUAUGCAUCCAUUUCAAUGUUCUCAUCUUAUCUAUGGUAAGGUUUUUGGACAUGCUAUUUUUAAUUAUCCAACAAUAUCAUGCUAUCUCUUUUCUUGUCUCAAGUAAUUUCAGACUAUUGUUCCUUGGCUCAUGGCACUUGAAUUUACCAAAAGGGUAUAUCUUCACUCCCAUGAAUGUCUUUUAGAUUCAUCACAAUUUCUCACCUCAGUUUUUCUUGGCUAGGACGACUUGACACCAAUUUUAAUAGUUUGCUGUUAGGUUGAUAGAUGUACAUAAAAUCCUGUCAGAUCCUUCAUGAAGCCUUUUUGAUUUUGUGUUAUCUAUUAUUGACCAGACAUUGAUGUGCUGCCUUUCUUUUUUUUAUUUCAUGGCAUCAUAUACUUAAUCUGAAGGGUACAUAAUUUUUCUGCCUUUCUUUUUGUUUUUUGUACUCUGAAUUUUCCUUAGAUUCUAGAAAUUUGAGGAGAGGUCCAGUUCUUUACAGGAUUGUUGGUUUUCAAGACUCAUGGAGCUGCCACUAAGAAUACCAGAACAAGUCUCGAAAAAGCUUCGAACUCCACACUUUACUAUAUGUACAGUUAGUUAUGUAACAUAUAUACAUCAGAAGAUCAGUCAUAUUCUAACAUUUGACUUCAUUAAUCAAAACAAUACUAUACUUGGAUGUGUGUAUACAUCGAAAGAUCAGUUAUAUUGAGACAUUCAACAUCAUUGAUCAAUUAUAUGAAAAUGAUAAAUGGGAAGAAUUAUUACCUUUUCGGUUUUGGUUGGUUCUGCAAAUCUGAAUGAUUUCUUAAAUGAAGUUGGGUUUGAAAAAAAUAGGCAACCAUAUUAUUGACUCCAGGAGUAUUUCACUGCCCCAGAUAAAUCUGUUGUAAGAAAAUAGCUUUUAAGUGUUAGGGUGGAACAUGAUAAUUGAACUAUAGUGAAACAAUUAACCUUAGUUCUUUUUGCAUAGUUUCGAAGGCCUCUUUCAGCAUUGAGUCUAUGUUAGUGGAUUUCAUGUUAUAGGAACAACAAAUGAUUAAAAAUGCAUUUGAUGAUCACAUUGUGAGGGGGUUCUUCCCAUUGGCUAAGAAGAUUCUAGAUCACAGAGGUCAAGGUUGGCUUACAUCUCUUCUUAUUGUUUGUUGUUUAUAUUUCUGAUAAUUUUUUAAGAAGUCUUUGCUUUGUGAAUUUUAGAAUAAACAAUUGUCACCAUUCAUGUUAAGUGCCUAGUUUUUGAUUUUUUUUUUCUUUUUUCAAUAUGACACAAUGGGAGCAGUGUCAAAGGAUUCUUUGAUUAAUUUGCGAUGGUGAUUCUUUGGUCAUAAUUUUGAAGCGCCAACAUAAAAAAAAUGUAGUUGAAUUUGCUUGUGCCUGGAGGACAAUCAAUGGUGUCAAUGCUGUAUCGUCCAUAAGUAGCAUUACUUCCUUUCUGCCCAUGCUGGUCGUCAUAACUUUGUUCGUAUAUAAAGUUUUUUAAAGUGGGAUCUUUGAAAGGAAAAGAAAAAUCCAUUGUUAUCUUUCUUAGACAACUGGUUGCUUCUCUUUUUGGGAACAUUGGAAACUUCUUUUACUUUGUCAUUAGUCUCUCUGGAGAUAAUAACAGUAUGAAUCUCUUGUUACUUUAUCAAGGAAUUUUGUAUGCUCCAUUAUUUGAUGUUUUUUAUUUUUUUCGGUUGCCCUUUCUUUAACUUGAUCAGGUAUGUAUAUGUCGAUGGGUUGUGCGUAUUAACAAAAUGGCUUGGAUUCCUGUUUUAUGUUCCAGAAUUUUUCUUUUUUGUUGCCUAACCUUUAAUUGGAUCAGGUACGUAUGAGAUAUUUUUCCUUUUUCUAAAACCAUGUGAUGAUUUGUUCAUUAUGAAUGACAUACACGCGUGGAUGCCUAUUUUCUGCCCCAUACCUAUGAUUUUGUAAGAAAUGGCAAGAAGAAUCAGAAGCUAUCACAGAAAUUUAUCUCGGAAGUUUCGGUCGACUCCAUAUCCGGUGCCUUCAUAUCAACGACCUAUUUCAGCAGAAAGGUCUUCAAAGAAGACAUCUUUUACCUUGGAGAGGAAGGAUUGGAAGGGUGCUACUUGCCCUGUGUGCAUGGAAUUUCCACACAAUGCUGUACUCCUCCUUUGUUCAUCUCAUGACAAGGGCUGUCGCCCCUACAUGUGUGCAACCAGCUGCCGUUUUUCUAACUGUCUUGAACAAUUCAAGAAGGCAUAUGCUAAAACAACUUCAUUGGUGGGAAGUCGGAUCCAUGAUUUGCCUGCAUGGAAGAAAUGCGAGGUAGUGGAGCUAGCAUGCCCUCUAUGCCGAGGGCAGGUGAAAGGAUGGACUGUGGUGGAACCAGCACGUAAAUAUCUCAACAAAAAGAGGCGAAGCUGCAUGCAGGACGACUGCUCAUUCAUGGGUAGCUACAAAGAGCUUCGUAAGCACAUGAGGUCUGAGCACCCUUGUGCAAAGCCCCAUGUAGUGGAUCCUGUUCUCGAACAGAAAUGGAGAAAUCUCGAGUACCAGAGUGAGCGGGCGGAUGUGAUCAGCACAAUAAGAUCUUCAAUGCCUAGGGCAGUUAUAUUGGGAGAUUAUGUGAUAGACAUGGACGACAGUGACUCUGAUACCGACUUUGAUGACGACAGUGACUCUGGUACCGAUUUCGAUGACUACAAUGAUGAUUUUUUCGAUAACGCAAAUGGUAUCUUUGGACGGAGGAAUGGUCGGAGUAUCUUUACCGCACUCAUGAGGGAGGCUGCCCGUAAUAGGAGGUUUAGAAGAAGCCGUGUAGGUAAUGCUAGAGAAGGGAGCAAUGGUCAUCUUCCAACCAUCGUUGAUCGUGCUUCGCGUGAUGCAGCAUUUAGUUAUCGCUUGGAGGAACAUGAUGAUGAUGGGAGUGCUGUAGGCAUAACCCGUUCUGAAAGGCAGCAUAGGAGGAGGAGCCUGGGAAGAUCAUCAGUACAUGGUACAAGAUUGUUGUGAUGGUGUGGUGUAUGUUCAAAUUCAAAUUAUUUCUUUCCCUUUGUUCUUUCUUUUUUCUUCAUAAAUAUGUACUGAUAUAGCAAACAUUAAAGCUUGUUCCUCCUGCAAGUCCCGUUAUAUUUCAUCAACAUCAAAAUUUAAUCUGGAGAUCAAAACUUUGAAUUUGUGAUGA